UCGCGCGUUGACUAAAUGGUCGAUAUGAUAUGUCCCGCGCCCGCCACCGCCUGGAGCACGACGACGCCUCGCGUCCCACUCCUCCCCUACGUCCUCCUCGGCCUCGCUUCCACCGUGAUGUCGCAGGAGCCGGACGCGGAGGAGGAAUGGGCAGCGGUGGAGCGGCGAGGUGCUCACCUGGUAACGGGGGCGGCGGAGCGCCCCUUCAUCAUCCACGGGUUCAACACCUACUGGCUCAUGUCCUUCGCCGCCGACGAGGCCACGCGGCCGCGCGUGACCGCGGCCAUUGCCGAGGCUGCCGGGGCGGGGCUCAACGUGUGCCGCACCUGGGCGUUCGCUGACGGAGGGUACCACGCGCUGCAGACCGCGCCAUUCUGCUACGACGAGGAGGUGUUCCAGGCGCUAGAUUUCGUGGUCAGUGAGGCAAGAAGGUAUAAGAUGCGGUUAAUACUGUCACUAUGUAAUAACUGGGAAGAUUAUGGAGGGAAGGCGCAGUAUGUAAGAUGGGGCAAGGAGGCUGGCGUAGAUCUUACUUCUGACGAUGACUUCUUCUCUGAUCCAACACUUAAAGGGUACUACAAAGCUUUUGUUGAGGCUGUUUUGUCAAGAAUAAACACAAUCACAAAUGAGGCCUACAAAGACGAUCCUACCAUUCUUGCCUGGGAGCUGAUUAACGAGCCGCGCUGCCCUUCAGAUCCAUCAGGCGAUACGCUGCAGGCAUGGAUAGAAGAGAUGGCAUCUUACGUGAAGUCUAUAGAUACUAUGCAUCUCGUGGAGAUUGGUAUUGAAGGGUAUUAUGGUCCGUCUACUCCAGAACUUUUGCUCGUCAACCCAGAUGAUUAUUCAGGGCAUGUUGGAACGGACUUCAUCAGGAACCAUCAAGCAAUGGGAAUUGAUUUAGCUUCAGUUCAUAUUUAUUCAGACACUUGGUUGCCUGACUCAACAGAGGAGAGCCACGUUCAGUUUGUGAACACUUGGAUGCAACAACAUAUUGAUGAUGCAGCAAACUUGCUGGCCAUGCCCAUCGUGAUCGGGGAGUUUGGAUUAUCACUGAAGGAUGGCAAGUUUGAAAAUGAGUUCCGCGAAACUUUCAUGCAGACAGUGUACAACAAUUUCUUGGGCUCUUGGGAGAGUGGAAUGAUUGGAGGAGGCUGCCUUCUAUGGCAGCUCUUCCCUGAAGGUGCAGAACACAUGGAUGAUGGUUAUGCAGUUAUUUUUGCAAAAUCACCAUCCACAUUCAACCUACUUGCAAAUCACUCAAGGAAGCUAGAAUGUUGAGAUUAUGCUGCUUCCCCUUCUCCUGCUACAUGGUUUUUCAAGCCAAGAAUUUUACUGUAAAGUUGAAUGCCUUAUGUAUAUCAUGUACCCUAAUAGUUGGUCUCUGGUUCAGAAGUAUGUGAUACCAUGAAAAAAGCGAAGAAGAUGCUCAAUGACCGAAAACACACCCGUUGACUUACACACUCCAGGUCUUUAUUGGGACAGACGAUGGCGCUUAAAUUCUGAUCUACCGAGUGCCAACUCAACCCUAUUCUCGAAAAAUUGGCAAAUCCUGCUGCACAUUAACGUACAAAGGUUGUAGUUGCCAUACGUGGUACCAGUAUUCAAGUCUAUCCGUCAAAUAAAAUGACAGAAGACUGAGGAAAGAAGAUAAUUUCAUGUCAUGAAUCAAGAUAUGUUCAAAAUCUAUUACUGUUCUUCCAGAUCCCUCUAACUUGUUGUUCAUGUAUAUUAUACGAAUAACUACAGUACUGAGAACUCAAUAUAAGUCAGAAGCA